AGCAGAUAUCGCCUUGAUCGGCUUGGCGGUCAUGGGCCAGAAUCUCAUCCUCAACAUGAACGAUCAUGGUUUUGUGGUAUGUGCUUUUAAUCGGACGGUCUCUAAGGUGGACGAUUUCCUUGCAAACGAGGCCAAGGGGACAAAAGUGAUUGGAGCUCACUCCUUAGAAGAAAUGGUCGCAAAGCUGAAAAAACCCCGUCGUGUGAUGCUGCUGGUGAAGGCCGGAAGCGCGGUGGAUGACUUUAUCAACAAGUUGGUGCCGCUGUUGUGUCGUGGAGACAUCAUUAUCGACGGAGGAAAUUCGGAAUACAGAGAUAGCACGAGACGCUGCAGGGAACUCAAGGAAAAAGGCAUCUUGUUUGUGGGAAGCGGGGUGAGCGGGGGUGAAGAAGGAGCACGGUAUGGACCCUCCCUCAUGCCCGGCGGAGCAAAAGAAGCAUGGCCUCACAUCAAGACAAUAUUUCAGAGUAUCGCAGCCAAAGUAGGGACUGGAGAACCGUGUUGUGACUGGGUGGGAGAUGAGGGGUCUGGACAUUUCGUGAAGAUGGUCCAUAAUGGGAUUGAGUACGGUGACAUGCAGUUGAUCUGUGAGGCUUACCACCUUAUGAAGGAUGUACUGGCCAUGGACCACGAUGAGAUGGCCAAGGUGUUUCAGGACUGGAAUAAGACGGAGUUGGAUUCCUUCCUGAUCGAAAUCACAGCCGACAUCUUGAAAUUCCGCGAUGCCGACGGAAAACACCUGCUUCCUAAAAUCAGAGACAGCGCUGGGCAGAAAGGGACUGGGAAAUGGACAGCAAUUUCUGCUCUGGAAUAUGGCGUUCCCGUUACUCUGAUAGGGGAGGCUGUUUUUGCCCGGUGCUUGUCUUCGCUCAAGGACGAAAGGGUGCAAGCCAGCAAACUUUUGAGUGGUCCCCAAAAGCCGCCAUUUAGCGGGAAUAAGGCAGCGUUUCUGGAGGACGUCCGUCAAGCCCUCUACGCUUCCAAGAUCAUUUCCUACACGCAGGGCUUCAUGUUGCUGAGGCAAGCUGCCAAGGAGUUUGGUUGGACCUUAAAUUAUGGUGCCAUUGCGCUGAUGUGGCGUGGAGGCUGCAUCAUUCGGAGUGUUUUCCUGGGCAAAAUCAAAGAAGCGUUUGACCGAACCCCUGACCUCCAAAAUUUACUACUAGAUGUCUUUUUUAAGACGGCGGUGGAGAAUUGUCAGGAUUCGUGGCGACGUACAAUCAGCACUGGCGUCCAGCUGGGGAUCCCGAUGCCCUGCUUCACCACCGCGCUGGCAUUUUAUGAUGGGUACAGACAUGGCACUUUACCCGCUAACCUGAUUCAGGCCCAGCGGGAUUAUUUCGGUGCCCACACCUACGAAUUGUUGUCAAAACCGGGCGAAUUCAUCCACACCAAUUGGACCGGGCACGGGGGCACCGUCUCGUCUUCGUCCUAUAACGCCUAGAGGGUGGAAACCCCACGGAGGCUUCGUCGGGGAGGGGGGUCUCCCCGCCUUGGGGCAUUUCCCCAGAUGUCCAGUUUUAGGUUUUAUUUUCUAUUUUUUUGUAACGGUGUCCCUACGGUGUCUUGUGCAAAUCCAGAAUAAAGUAGACCGAAAAUGGUGAAA